AUGCAUGCACCAGUAACAAGUCAACAACAACAGUUCUUGUUUUCCUCAACAUCGUUCUGGAUCUAAACCUUACUAAGCAUGUCUGAUCUAAACUAUCUGUGCAUCUUCUUCAUCCUCGUACUACUGUCCACCUCCUCCUUACCUCUACUAGUGUCCUCAGCAAAGUGCAACAAGGAUGAUAAGAAGACCCUUCUCAAGCUCAAGAUCGGCUUUGGCAACCCCCAAGACCUCUCAUGGAAUUCAGACACCAGCUGUUGCUCGUGGAACGGGAUUAUCUGCCUAUCGGACACUGGCCGGGUGAUCUUCCUUGACAUUAGCUCUGCCAACCUUUCUGGCACCAUUUCCCCAGCCAUUGGCGAUCUCCCACUUGUUACCCAGAUCAAUAUCCAAUACUCACCUUUCCUCACUGGCACCAUCCCUCACUCCAUCACCAAGCUCCCUCUCACCAGCCUCACAAUCAGAUUCACCUCCCUCUCUGGCCACAUUCCCACUUUCCUUGGUGAGUUAAGAAAACUCAACACUCUCGAUCUCUCAGGCAACCGUCUCACUGGCCACAUCCCUGACUCCAUUGCCUCCCUUCCAAACCUUGACCGUCUCAUUCUCUCCAACAACAAGCUCACCGGAAGAAUCCCACAGUCUCUCUUCCAUGGUCUAACCGCUAGAAACCUCCUUGAUCUCUCUGACAACCUUCUCACUGGCGAUAUCCCCGACUCUCUUGGAAAUGCUGACUUAAGCUACAUCUUUCUUUCUGGUAACAACUUUUCCGGAGACCCCUCGUUCAUAUUUGGUGAAUCGAAGAACUUGACUCAAAUUGACCUCUCAAGGAACAAGUUUGUAAUGAACUUAUCCACGGUGGGUUUUCCGUCUUACUUAGCCAUGCUCGGCCUUGGCCAAAACCUCAUCUACGGGAGCAUCCCAGGGUCAAUUGCCAGCCUUGAGCACCUGAACACACUAAACGUUAGUUACAACAGGCUCUCUGGCAAAAUCCCCACCGGCGGUAUGAUGAGCUUGUUUGAUGCAUCUUGCUACUCGCAUAACAAGUGCCUCUGUGGAAAUCCGUUGCCGAAAUGCCGAACUUAGCAACAGUUUCAUUUAUGACCAGAGUUGUGUUUGUCGAAGUGUUUGUUUCCUAUCAUGUUGGUGAAAUGUUU